GCUCUACCGAGCAAGUUCCUGGCUUCUCAAAACAAAAACAGCAAACAGUGGGUAGCUGCUGUCAGUGAAAGCUGAGAGACGUGUUUAGCCUUCUACUGCCUCGUCAUGGUGCUAAAGUCAUGUUGCGUUUACAGCGUCGGAGUUGUUUCUGUACUGAUGCUGAUUCUCGGCAUUUCGUUGGUUUUGACCAGCGUGUUUCCACAUUUAGUACAGUCGAUGGUUAAAAAGCAAGUCGUUCUGAAAAACGAUACAGAUGCGUUUGAGGCCUGGAAGGAUCCACCGGCACAUAUCUACAUGCAGUUUUACUUCUUCAAUCUCACAAAUCCCCAAGAGGUGUUGGAUGGGGAGAGGCCAGCUGUGGUGGAGAUUGGACCGUAUACAUACAGAGAGUACCGGCCUAUGGAGCAAAUUGACUUUCAGGAUAAUGGCACUAAAGUAACAGCUGUCAACACUAAAACCUACAUUUUUCAGCGUAACAUGUCCCGAGGUCCAGAGAGUGACCUCAUCAGGACAGUUAAUAUCCCUGCCAUGACAGUGAUGGAAAGAUUCAAGGUUAUUUCCUUGUUGCAUUUAAACAAUGCUUCCAAUGAUGGAGAAUAUGUGUUUUUCACUGGUCAGCAGAACUAUAGGGACUUUUCCAGAGUGGACACGUGGAAAGGAGAAAGCUCCUUGAAUUGGUGGACGUCUGAUGAGUGCAACAUGAUUAAUGGAACCAUUGGAACAGGCUUCCAUCCUGUAAUCACCAAGAAUGAUAUGCUCUACAUUUUCUCGUCUGACCUGUGCAGGUCUCUGUACACAGUGUAUGAGGAGGAUGUGACAGUGAAGGGGAUCACUGGGUAUCGAUUUGUUCCUCCCAGCUCAGUGUUCGCCAAUCUGACUGUGAACCCAGACAACGCAGGCUUUUGUGUGCCUGCUGGUAAUUGCCUGGGGUCUGGCCUGCUGAAUGUGUCUGUAUGUAAAGAAGGGGCUCCUAUCAUAAUGUCUUCACCACACUUCUACCAGGCAGAUGAGAAAUUUGCUCAGGAUGUAUUCGGAAUGACGCCAAACAAGGAAGAGCACCAGACUGCCAUUGAUAUCAAUCCGCUGACAGGAGUGGUUCUCCAAACAGCCAAGCGACUCCAGAUUAACGUCUAUGUAGAGCAAAUUCCCACCUUCAGUCAAACGGGAAAUGUAAGGACAGUAGUCUUCCCUGUGGCUUAUCUGAAUGAGAGCGCCACCAUUGAUGACACAGCAGCCAAGAAGCUAAAGGCGAUUGGUGUUCAGCAGAACGUUGUGGAGAACAUUCCCUUCAUGCUGAUUGGCCUGGCCAUCAUUGUGGGAGGAAUCUUCAUGUUCUUGGUGUGUCAACAGAAAGUCCCCGAGAGCUCUGCUGCCGAACGACAGCCCCUGCUCUCAUCGUAACAGCAAACAGAACGUGGAAAGAGGAAGAUUGCCUUGGUUGCAAUACAAUUCAAGGGGUUCACCCAUUAAUUCUCAAGUAACACUAAUACAGUGGUUUUCAUAUUUUCAUCUACUUUUGCAUUCAUGGUUGUAAGAAAGUGGUAAAAACUGUCUUUUUGUUGUGUUUGUUGCUGGGUUUGGAGGAUAAUGUCUUCAUUUCAAGUUGUAAUGAUGCUGAAAUCCAGAUUUUCCAGUCAAUCUUAAAUUGAGCUUGUUUUUAUUUUAACUCCUAACUAUGGGAUUUUUGAAUUGGAUUAACACAGGGUUAGUUAACCCCCUUAAACAACCCAGCUUUGAAUUAAUCAAACAUCCUGGAAGUGGAAAAAACACUGUACUGCAAAGUGGCCAUAUAUGUGUGAGCUGUUGCUGCGUUUCUGAAUAUAAAAGACGUUGUCUAUCUACAAGGCAACUGGCUAGAGCUUGAACAGUUACUAGAUUCCCAGACUAGUUUGGGAGUCAGAGUUAGUUUUAAAAAGCAAGAAAAAACAGUAUUAAGAAGCCAGGUUGGUUGUAUGUUAUAAUGAAGUGGAUGUAAAAAGUCAGGCUAGUAGUGCUGCCUGUUCGAAGUGCAGAUUACUUUGGGCUUGUCUUUCAGCCUUUUGGCUUCAGAUGCUAUGGCGAUGUGGUCUUGUUCAUUUUAAAAUGAUGUUCUGUGUUGUAGCCAAGCUCAGUAAUCUACAGUGUAUAUUAGGGCUGCCACGAUUAGUCGACUAGUCACGACUAAUUUAAUAGUCGAUG